GGAUGGUAGGUGCUUUGGACCCGCCGGGCCGCCGUCCUUGCCAGAAAGGGUUUCACUGGAGGAACCUCUGGAGCAACUAUGUUGAUACCAGUGAACCUGGUCAAUUCUUCCUGCAUAUCCUGAAGCUGCUGCACAGUAGAACUGGAUUUUAAUUGAGUUGGCUGGCUCCUCUGGCUGAUGGCAUGUUGAGAUUCAAGGGCCGGUGGCAGCGAGGGCUUCUGAUCCAGAGGGGACCGCUCUAAAGGCCAGGCCACCAGUACCAUGGGCCAGUGUGUCACCAAGUGCAAGAAUCCCUCCUCAACCCUGGGCAGCAAGAAUGGAGACCGUGACCCCAGCAGCAAGUCACACAACAGGCGAGGUGCAGGCCACCGCGAGGAACAGCCGCCGGCCUGUGGCAAGCCAGGUGGGGAUAUCCUCGUCAAUGGGACCAAGAAGGCAGAGGCUGCCACGGAAGCCUGCCAGCUGCCCACGUCCUCGGGAGAUGCUGGGAGGGAGCCCAAGUCCAGUGCCGAGGAGUCUUCCUUGCAGAGGUUGGAGGAACUGUUCAGGCGCUACAAGGAUGAGCGGGAGGAUGCAAUUUUGGAGGAAGGCAUGGAGCGCUUUUGCAAUGACCUCUGUGUUGACCCCACGGAAUUUCGAGUGCUGCUCUUGGCUUGGAAGUUCCAGGCUGCUACCAUGUGCAAAUUCACCAGGAAGGAGUUUUUUGAUGGCUGCAAAGCAAUAAGUGCAGACAGCAUUGACGGGAUCUGUGCACGGUUCCCCAGCCUCUUGACAGAAGCCAAGCAAGAGGACAAAUUCAAGGAUCUGUACCGGUUUACAUUUCAGUUUGGCCUGGACUCUGAAGAAGGGCAGCGGUCACUGCAUCGGGAAAUAGCCAUUGCCCUGUGGAAGCUAGUCUUUACCCAGAACAACCCGCCAGUGUUGGACCAGUGGCUACACUUCCUAACAGAGAACCCCUCGGGGGUCAAGGGCAUCUCCCGGGACACUUGGAAUAUGUUCCUUAACUUCACUCAGGUGAUUGGCCCCGACCUCAGCAACUACAGCGAAGAUGAAGCCUGGCCGAGCCUCUUUGAUACCUUUGUGGAGUGGGAGAUGGAGCGGAGGAAGAGGGAAGGGGCCGGGGGUGGUGUGCGCAGCUCAGGGCCCUUGGGCUUGUGUCCCCAGGAGCAGACUUAGUGCUCUGUCCCAGGGCUGCGCUGCCCUGGAGCCAGCCGAGGAAUGGACCUUUCUGGAAAUUACCGAAGAUCCGGAUAUUUUCUACUUUACACCUUUCUCUGCCUUGUAUCUGAAAGGGCUCUAAAAUGCUGUAUCAUGUUUUAGGCACUUUCUUCACUUUUUGGUUAUUUUGGUUAUUUCCUUUUUGGGGGGAUCCCCCAAAAUAUUUGAACCUGGCUACAUGUUAUGUAUCUUUUUUAUAAGCCUUCAGAUAGAAUAAGCCUGCCA